AUGAACAUCUCAAUACUUUUUUCUCACUUUAAAGAAUAUAAGUUAAGCAAUAUAGAAAUUUUGUAUUAUAAAAUAAAAAUUAGGAAUAAAAUUUCAACUCUAUGUUGUAAUAAAAGUUUAAAUAAAAUAAACAUAUUGAAAAAUAAUUUUUCAACAUUAGGGCAAUUAACUGAAAGAAAAAAAAAUAUUGUAAAUUUGGAGUCUGAUGAAAAUCUGAAAUGCUAUAAGAGAGUAAAUAUAAAAAAAAUAUUAAAGAAUAACAAAAAGGAGGAAAAUAAAAAUGAAGAAAAUAUAACAAAAAGUAAGAAAGAGUUAAAUGAUGUAAAUAAAAAAUAUGAUUUUUCAAAAAAUGAUUUUAUUCAAUUAAGGAACCAUGAUAUUGAACAAACAGAUAAAAAUAAAAGUGAAGUAGCAAAUAUAGUUGAAAAAAAUAGUGAUUUACAAAAUAAUAAGAAAUUAAGUAUCCUAAAUAAAGAAGGAAUAAAUAAAUUUAAUUUAAAUAAUUCACAUGAACAAAAAGUUAUACAUAAUGAAAAUAUAAAAAAUGCAGUAGACGAAUUAUUUUACACAAAGGAAAAAAAAAAAUAUUUAAUGAAAAGAAUUAUUUUUAGAAAUAAUUAUGACUAUAUAUAUUUGAUUGAUAAGUACGAAGAAUUUAAAGUAAAUGAUGAAGAUAACUUUUACAAUUCUAAUUAUGACGGGAAUUGUUCAAUCAAAUACAUUAGAAAGGAGAAUAAUGAAUAUAAUGAAAAUUGUAAUGAAACAAAUAUUGAUGAAAAGAAUAAUAAUUUAUUGAAAAAUAAUAGUGAUGAAUGUUAUUAUUUCCAUGAAGUUGAAAAAGAAAAUAAUGAAAAUAAUAUCAAUAUGCAAUUUAAGUUUUUAAAUAAUAAUUUAAAUAUAUCAAUAUUUUCAGAAAUAGGAAAAAAAGAUAUACUAGAAAGUUGUAAAAGGAAAAAACAUAUGCAAAAUGAAAUAAACAAAAAUAGUAAUGCAAAAAAUAUUUUUAAUAAUGAUAUUUAUUUUUGGUUAAAGAGAAAAGUUCAUCGAUCAGUUGAUUGGAAGUUAAUAUCUUAUAACCAAAAUAGAAGUGAUGAUAUACUAGAUGUAACUGAAAUGAAUUGUGAAAUUCAAAAAAAUUUGAAUGAAUUUUCUGUUAAUUCAUCAGAAAAUGAUAAUUCAAAUGCUGAAAAUGAUUUAAAAAAAGAAAAAGAUGAGACAAAAAAUGAUAAAAAUCAUAUAAAAUGUGAUAAAGAUGUUAUAAGUGUUAAAUGUAAUAACAGCGAAAAAAAACAUAAUGAAAAAUCAGAAUUUUUACUAAAUGAUGAGGAAAAUAAUGAAAUGUUCGGAAUCAAUGAUAAAAAUAUAGAGAAAGAAAAAAAUAAUUUUAAUAAAAACAAAGUAACCUAUUUACAAAGGAAAAUAGCCCCAUCUCAUUUUUUAAAGAAAUUAAAUAUAAGUAUGUUGGAAAAUAACAGUAAUAUUCAAAAUAAAAUUCAAGAUAAAGAAAAAGAAAAUAAUGAAAAAAUUAGAAAAGUAAAGGAAGAAGAAAAGGAAAAACUAAUUAAUAUUUUUUUAAAUAAUUCAGAAAAUCUACAACCAAAAGGUCAAGAAUAUAAAAUUUUUGAAAAAGAAAAAAUUAAUAAUUCAGGAAAAUGUGUAGAUGCAAAAAUGAAUAAUUUAGAAAAUUCAGAAGAUAAAAGAAUAAGUAAUUCAGAAAAUUGUGUAGAUGAAAAAAUGAAUAAUUUAGAAAAUUUAGAAAAUAAAAGAAUAAAUAAUUCAGGAAAUUGUGUAGAUAAAAAAAUGAAUAAUUUAGAAAAUUUAGAAAAUAAAAGAAAAAAUAAUUCAGAAAAUUGUGUAGAUGAAAGAAUGAAUAAUUUAGAAAAUUCAGAAAAUAAAAAAAUGAAUAAUAUGAAUAGUGAAAAAAAUAAUGAUAUAAUUUUAAUUGACGAAUUUGAAAAUAUUAAAGAUGGCUAUAAUGUGAAUGAUAUAAAUGAUAAAACCUAUGAAGGAAUAGUAGAUAGUAGUAGAAAUGUGUUCAAGAAACUAAAAGAAAAUUACGAAAUGUUCAAAAAAGAAAAUUUGUCUCCAUAUAUAUUAGAAAAUUGCGAAAAAUAUAUAAAUUAUUACUAUGGUAUUGAAAAAGAAGAAAAAAUAAAGGAAUUGAAAAAAUAUAUUGAUUUAAAUUUUUAUGAUGUAAUUAAAGAUGAGAAUUUUACAAUAAACGAUUUCAAUAUGCUAAUAAAAAGUAAAAUAAUAUUUAAUAAGGAAGAAGAGGCAUUCAACUAUUUUAAUUUAUUGAAGAAAUAUGAUUUUAAAAUAAAUGUUGAAACUUAUAAUAGUUUAAUGUAUACAUGCAUUGUCCAAAAAAAUUCUAAAUUAAGUCGAUUAAUAUAUCUACAGAUGAUAAAAGAUUUAUUUACUCCAAAUAAGAAUACCUUUUGUAUUUUAAUUAAAGCGCAUAUAUUAGAUAAUGAUAUUAAAAGCGCUUUUCAUUUAUAUAGAAAAAUGAUUAAAGAAGAAAUAGAAGUGGAUCUACCUAUUUAUUCUACUUUAAUAGAUGGAUUAAUAAAACAUAAAUUACAUAAAAGAGCAGAAAAUUUUUUUAAUUAUAUCGUAAAUUAUAAGCAUGUUAUUCCUGAUGAAAUUAUGUAUACAAUUAUGAUUAAAAACUGCUCUUAUAAUGGAGAAGCAGAGAAAUGUUUAAAUUUUUACGAAACAAUACUUUCUAAUAAUUUAAGAGUGACAGAUUUAACUUUGAUAGAAAUCAUUAAUUGCUUAUCUAAAAGAAAUGAUUAUUUUCAUAAAGUUUUUCAUUUUUAUAAUAUUUAUCUAGCUAAUGAUAUGAAAAUUAAUCACCGUUUAAUGCUAUAUAUGAUAAUUGCUUGCUCCAACAAUGGUAAUAUAAAAAGAUUAAAAGAAAUUUUAAAAACGAUGAAUAAACAUAAAAUUAAAAUAACUAAUGAAAUGUAUUGCUAUAUUAUCAGAACAUUUGCGAAUAACUGUAAAAAUAAAAAUAUAACAUUAAGUGAAAAAAACAAUAACAUUAAAUAUGCUUGGAAAAUAAUAUAUGACCUUUUCAAAAAUAAUAAGAUUAAUAACAAUAGUAUUAAUUGUAUCAAUAAAAAUUACGAUGAAAUAAAGAAUGAAACUAUUAGCCAAUUGAAUGAUACUACUAGUAAUGAAAAUAACAACAUAAACACAAAAAUGUUAAAUAGUAUUAUUUUAUUAUAUAUUAAUUGUGACUAUUAUGAAUAUUCCAUUAAUAUGCUAAAGUAUUAUGCAUAUUUUAAUUGUAUUCCUGAUAGUUAUACUUUUAAAAUUUUAUUUAAAAUGUUAUUUUUUAAAGUAAAAGAUUAUGGAAAGGUUAUUUGUUUAUAUAAUUAUAUGAUAAAUAAUACUAAUAUCAAGCCAGAUGAAUCUACUUUUAAUUUAGUUUUAAAUUCAGCUAUCAAAACAAAAUCAUCAAAAAACACAUUAUUUGUUUUGCGCCAUAUGUAUGCAGCUAAAAUUUAUCCAACACCUAAAAUGAUAAAAAAAUUAUUUCAUGUUGGAAGACAUAUAACAGAAAUACAGUUACUAAUUAAUAGUAUGAUAAGUCAGCAAAAAAAAGAUAUCUAUGAGGAAAAUUUAAAAGAAAAUCAACUAAUUCAACUUAAUAUUGAUGAAUAUGAAUUAAAUUUAUUUAAAGAAGGAAAAACAUUUAAAACAAAAACAGAGUUAGAUCAGGUAAGAGAACAGUUUUUCAAGAAAAAACAAAGAAUUGAAAAGGAAAAAAGAAUGUCCAAAAAUAAAAAAUCUUCUGAUUGGUUACCUUAUGGUCAAUAUCUUCAAAACAAAAAAAAAGGAGGUGAAGCUUAUGCAAAAAAAGUGGAUAGACCAAAACCACUUAUAUUUGAUUAA